UCUGGCCUGAAGUACGGGGUCCUUCACACGAACUGGUUUGAAUGGCCAGCAACAUCCGAAAUGGUGGGGAUUAGUUGACCCUCUGGGGGGGAGGAGCAAGAGCAGGAUGCUGGGAUGCUGCAGCCAGCCAGCUGUAUGCAAACAACGUACGACAGCCUUUCUAGGGUUGGACAACGUUCCUGUCGCAGCAGCGUUCUGCCUUCAGCUACCCUGUCAUGGCCACCACCGAGCAACUGAUUCGCUCGUUAAAUCCAGUUCGCCAACCAGAGAAUAACCCGACGGGGCAUCGUCAGUUCGUAUGAUCGCUGCGCCCGGAUCCCUUCACGUUAAGUUGAGCAUAAAGUUUCCCUUGUCCCCGCCAUCAUACUUGGGUUCCAUUCGAUCUGGUUAUGGAGAAGCUACCGCCAGUUUGACUUCGCUCUUCUCUUUUUACAUUUAUUAUGGUUGAUUGUGUUCAUCAAUGUUGUACUUCUUCUCCGUCUCUCAUGACAGCGCUCUCGCUGACUUGCCUGUUAUUCAAUGAAAUGGACGACAGAAACUUCUCUGAUUGUGGCCGCUGCCACGAUUGUUGCCAUACAGAUUAUUUUUCGCUGUACCUACAGGCUCCUCGGCACUUUCAAAUUGCUUCCUGCUAUCCACCAGAGAUGGCACUCAGAUGACAGCUGGAUGGCCUUUUCACUUGUACCCCUAGUCUCCCGAACAGCUUGCAUAGCGUGGUACUUCGAUCUCCGCGCAGCGAAGACCCAUCACCAUGACGUUGUGGCGAAGAAACUAGUUAUACCUUCUCGGCUGGCUUAUGCUCUGUUCCUCUGGUGCAUGAAACUAUGCCUCCUCCGGUUUUAUUCGCGACUCGAGAAUGGGUCAAACAGGGUCCAUCGAGCCAGGCGUGCGCUCUGGUACUUUAUCGUGGUAUCUUUUUUGGUCAUAGUGCUGGCCACUUUGCUUGAAUGCAGGCCAUUGUCACUAUAUUGGGCACCGACGAAGCAUGCAUGCCAGAAGGGGACAAAGAAUCUUCUGACGAUGGCAAUCCUCAACAUUGCCACAGACCUCGCCUUGAUUCUCUUUCCGAUUCCGAUGCUCUGGAAGAUGUCCACCCUCAGCUUCCAAACAAAAGUCCAAUUGACAUUGCUCUUCCUUGUGGGAACUAUUGUGGUUGUAGUAACCAUCAUCCGUUUACCGCUCAUCUACUUGCAUUCCAACUCGCAGACGACUCGCACCAUGUGGGCGUCGAUAGAAGUCGUUUGUGCAUCUAUUGUCAGUAAUGCUGCGUUUUACUACGCGUUAUGGAAAGAAAUUCCCAGGUGGCGUGGCCAACGGCCAUCCUCCGUACCUCUCGUCCCGUAUAUACUUUCCUUGGAGCACAAUGGAUCUGAAAAUCAAAGAGCUUGGACCUGUCCAGAACAACGAUUAAUUCAAGCAAGCACUUCCGAUAAAACUGAUGAUGCAUCUGCUGGAACGCCGAAAGACACCUUCAGCCUUGUUGAGACGGGACUUAAGGGAUUGCAUGGAUCGACGUAGUGGUGCUUUUCUGGUAUAUAUAUAUUUUCAGCACAGCUUAAUGUACAUACAUACAUACGUAGACUAGACUUAGAUACAACGUUUCGAUAAGAAACAGUUGUUAAUCCGAGAAGAGGAGGCUUCGAGCUCCGUUACUUCUUAACUAUC